AUGUUCAAGUUUGCUACUACAUGGUUGUACAGUUCCUACACCCUGUUCAAACUGCUUUUGUCCAUCAAGGCUACGCCGGCCCAGGCUGAUCAAGCUUCCACAGCCGCCAAAGACAAACCCUCUACAGCAACGGCAACUGACGACGACUCCUCAGAGGAGGAGGAUGAUGAACCCCAGGAGGGAGCGGGUUCUCAAUCCGGAGCAUUUAAGAAGGUGACAAAGAAGAAGGUGAAGAAGAAGAAGAAGAAGAAGUCGCCCCUUUCCAAUAAUCUAGAAAAUCAUUUUCUCAAAGAUCUGUCCCCGGCACAACGCAAACUGGCUGAAGCUGCAGAACAAUAUUGA